AUGGCAACUGAAUCAUUGAGUGUCGCAACGACACAGGCCGAUGAGGACGAGGUGACAACGGCGGAAAAUACGAUUGACUCGACGUGCGUUGGUCAGCGCACUUCUGAUGAACAUGCGGAUGAACAGGGCUACAAUCGUCACUUCAAGAAGAACGCCAACACGACCAGCAGUGGCAACAGCCGCUCACCAGCACAGAGUCGCAACGUCGGCUCUCGUGGAUCGCGUGUGAGACAGUACCAGUCAAGGGGAGGAAUGUUCAAUUCCGGACGUUUUGCUCAGACUUCACCUCCUUAUAUGGGCAGAAUGUAUGGCAUGGCGACGCCCAUGGGCGUACAAAUGUCUGUCGUCCCGCCAUUCCCCGGCGAAUAUUUUGAGCCACAGGGAAGCAUGUUUUCUCCUCGUUUCCGUUUUCCACCUCCAUCGCCACUCCGCAACUACAACGGCCGGAACGGUCCGGAAAGCGGUGGUGUGAGACGUCGGGCGAAAAGUCCUAAUUCUUCGAUGCCGUCAAGCUGCGAAAAUUCAAGUCCACAGCAAAAUCGUGAAAUGGCCGGAGAUCGAGGACGUGAGAGACGGGUAAGGGAGUGUCGCGAGAACCGAGACGAUCAGAAGAGCGCACCGAAGGAAUCGUCGGAAGAAUCGCGUGAGUUCUUCCGUACUCAGUACUGA